CCAUGUCUACACUUACAGUCUUCCAGCAGCACAGCUGCACUGGGAGCGCGCGUGGGGCUGCGUUACGCCGGAGACGCGUGAGAGCUCGCCCGGCGACGUAAUCAAAACAGCUGUACCUGUGUCGGGGCGAGAGUCUGCUGCUGCUGUAGCGCUGGGCACACAAGCGUUUGUGCUGACACAACUUACGUCGCUGGGGUGGAGGGGGUGUCUUUUCACACCCUUGAGUGACGUGGAGAUGUCGGCCGAGGCCACGACGGCCCCGCUCCCAGCCCCCGAGGCCUGUGCCCCUGUGGUGCCCAUGCAGCAUCAGCCUACGGGGGGAGCGGUGGGUGUGACCUUUGACCUAAAGCCCUUGAAUCCCAGCAGCAAGUAUGUGAAGUUGAACGUGGGGGGAUCCCUGCACUACACCACGGUGCAGACCCUCACCAAGCAGGACACCAUGCUCAAGGCCAUGUUCAGCGGGAGAAUGGAAGUGCUCACUGACAGCGAAGGCUGGAUCCUGAUCGACCGCAGCGGGCGUCACUUCGGCACCAUCCUCAACUACCUGCGGGAUGGCUCUGUCUCGCUCCCGGAGUCGCAGCGGGAGCUGGAGGAGGUGCUGUCCGAGGCACGGUACUACCUCAUCCAGGGCCUGGUGGAGGACUGCCAGCUCGCUCUGCAGCAAAAGAGCGAUGCCUAUGAUCCUCUGUGUCUCAUUCCCAUGGUGACAUCCCCCAAGGAGGAGCAGCAGAUCAUCUCCAGCUGCUCCAAGCCAGUGGUGAAAUUGUUGCAUAACAGAAGUAACAACAAGUAUUCGUAUACCAGUAACUCGGAUGAUAACCUGCUGAAGAACAUUGAGCUGUUUGACAAGCUGGCGCUGCGCUUCAACGGGCGGGUCCUCUUCAUCAAGGACGUGCUGGGGGACGAGAUCUGCUGCUGGUCCUUCUAUGGGCAGGGCCGCAAAAUUGCCGAGGUCUGCUGCACCUCCAUCGUCUACGCCACCGAGAAGAAACAGACCAAGGUGGAGUUCCCCGAGGCCCGGAUCUUCGAGGAGACCCUGAACAUUCUGAUCUACGAGACCCCGCGGGUCCCCGACAAGGCGCUCCUGGAAGCGACGGGCGGGGCAGCCGGAGGAGGGGGAGGCCCCCACCGGGCUGACGAGGAGGAUGGGCGGGAGCACCGCGUCCGGCGCAUCCAUGUCCGGCGCCACAUCAUGCACGACGAGCGUCCCCACGGCCACCAAGCCGUCUUCAAGGACUGAGCCCCACGGCCCCGUCCAGGUGCCAAACGGCGGGGGUGGGGCACCCUGCCUCUCUGCCACACCCCUGCUGCCUCUCUGACCUUGACCCCUCUCCACUCUUUGGGAUCUCUCUGCCUUGUGGCCUCUGACCCCUUUCUUCUCAGAUUUGACUCCCCUGCAGUAGAAACCUGGGUAACGCCCUGGACUGCGCAGGGGAGAGGGACAUGGGAGGGGGCUCCUCGGAGACCCCUCCUGCUUCUUAAUUAAUUACCUAGGCACCAACACCCAUGUUUAACGAGCCUAAUUCCUUUGCUUUUGUGGGUGUGUGGAAUACCUGGUCUGUCCCCCAUCCUGCUCCAUCCUGGAUAGAUACCCGUGCCACAGCUGUAGCUCUAACCCGGCCCGGCACUGCAGGUCAGGCCGGGAUCAGUCACCCACUGCCCGCCGGGGGCGGGAGACAGCAGGGAGGCCAGUGCUGGCUUAUUGUGUGGUUGGGGGGGUGGUUGAGUGGGGAGCUGCCAGCCCAGCCUUGCCCAGCAGGGGGCGCUGUGGGGUGGGGGGAGCUCCUGGCUACUCUAGCCCAGCCUUGCCAAGCAGGGGGUGCUGUGGGGAGUUCUGGCAGUGAGAGUUUUGCUGCCUGUCCCACCCUCCCUUGCUUCUGGGGGUGAGGGAGUGACCCCCACUUACCAGCCUCGAUACUCUCCUUUCCUUGUCAAACUCAUGGUAUGUUCCAACCCACCAGACUUCACACCUCUUUUCUACACAUGACAUGGCCCAACCCUAACCUUCCUACUCUGCUCCCCACGUAAUACAUGGUACAACCCCGCUACUGUCCUUACCACAUACAUGAAAUUUACCUUUUCCCCCCAAAAAUACAGGAUGCUUCUUACCUGCAUUGGCUAAAAGACAUGGUACACGCCAACCUACUGGGCCCCUCCCUUUCCCCACAAAAUACAAUGGAAUGCACCACUCUGCUCCUCUGCCCCAUGCCAAAUACAGUGGAAUGCUCCAUUCCCCUUCUAGCCUCCCAAUAAAAUGGGAGCUACCGAUCCCCCGCAAUAACAUUUUGCUCAAUCACCCAAUAUAAAUUGGUACCUUCCAAUCUCCUCCCCCUACCAACUACAAUGGGAUAUUCCAACCUGCCUCCAAAUAAUACAAUGGGGUGUUCCAAGCCCCACCCCUCAAAAUAAAAUGGGACAUUCCAACUUCCUUGUUAAAGAUGUUCCAGUCCCCUUCCCUUACAAAAUACAGUGGGAUGCUCCAACCCCCCUCCCAAAUAAAUUGGGAUGUUCCAAAGCCCACAGAAAAUACAAUGGGGCAAAUGGGGAGAGGCUGGGGGCCCCAUCCUCCCCCCCCCCACCCCGCAUACCGCCGCCCUCCCUACCUGUUAUUGUCAUGUUUGUAUAAUUUAUUUUAACGGGGUUUUUGCUUUUCUAUUAAAUUAUUGUAAUAAAGAUUCCUGGGAAA